AGCACAGGCCCACGUCGCUUUAAACCCCUGGAACAGAACAGCCACAACGUCCUGGGACUCAGUCUACACCCUCAAACUGUUAGAGCUCUUUCUUCAUAGUCCUAAAGCGGUGUGAGGAUGGACCGGUUCAUGGGGACAUGGAAACUGACCUCGAGCGACAACUUUGACGAGUACAUGAAAGCAGUCGGUAUCGGCUUUGCCUCCAGGCAGAUCGCUAACAUGGCCAAGCCGAGCCUCUUAUUCAGCGUGGACGAUCAGGGGGUCUUCUCCAUGAAGUCCAUGACCACCUUCAAGACCGUGGAAAUAAAGUUCAAGCUGGACGAGGAAUUCGACGAGAUCACUGCAGACGACCGGCAGGCGAAGACGGUGAUGAGCCUCGUGGACGGUAAACUGGUUCAGACGCAGUCGUGGGAGGGCAAGAGCACGACACUCGAGAGGGAGGUCCAGGACGGGAAGCUGAUGGUGAAGUGCGUCAUGGACGACGUGGUGUCCGUGAGGACGUACGAGAGAGAAGAGUGACCCCCGUGUUAAGGGACAGUGUCCCGACACACUUCGGUCAGACUGCGAAAGCUCCAGUGAUGACCGCAGCACUGUUGUCUGUUCUCAUUGCUUUAUUAAUUAAAUUGAUUAAUAAAAAUCAAUAAAAACA